AUGGAUAUUGAUGUUGAAAGUAAAUUCACUAGACCUAUUUUUGAGGCUGUUAAUUUAUUAAAACAGGAUGAAAGAGAUAUAUGGCCAUGCAAAGGAAAAUUUUACACUUAUAGUGGGAAUGUUAGCUAUGAUAGCGCUAACCGUGAGGUAACUGAAGCAAGUACUCCAUUUAGUGGAAGAAAUGACAAUGUUACCAGAUUAUGUACCUCCAAUAAAACUUUGAUUCAUCGAAAGAUAGAUGCUUUACAACUUGCUUUUAGAAAUGAAGAGUACAGUUUAAACAAGAAAAUUAAAUCAGCAGCUGAUGAAAUUGUCAUGGAAUUAAUUAUUCUCUCGAAAUUCAACAAUCUUCAUUUAAUUCAUCAUCAUGCAGUAUGGUUAGAUGAAACAAAUUUAAACCUUGAGAUUAAAGAAGAAUAA